ACUGGUUAUACGUACCUUCAGUCCUUCUCCCAGAGGAAGGCAGAAACACCUCAAAGCCUGCAUGUAAGAACAUCUACUGCGAAAUUAUUUUAAUCAGACACCAGCUGAGUGGGGGAAAGGAAAAGAACAGAGAAGAACAAGCAAAACUCCCUUGGUCUUGGAUGUAAGAGAACCCAGCAGGGAUGGACUGGCACCCCUUCCGAACAGCUGUGGUGCUGUUAAUUUUCCUGGUGGUGGUGGAAAUUAACAGUGAAUUUCGAAUUCAGGAAAGAGAUUACAGUGCUAAAAAUGGCACCAUCAAGUGGCGUACAAUCAGAAGGCAAAAACGGGAAUGGAUCAAGUUUGCUGCAGCCUGUCGUGAAGGCGAAGACAACUCAAAAAGAAAUCCAAUAGCCAAAAUCCACUCAGACUGUGCUGCAAACCAGCAAGUUACAUAUCGUAUCUCUGGAAUGGGAAUUGAUCAACCACCUUAUGGAAUCUUCAUUAUUAAUCCAAAAACUGGUGAAAUUAAUAUAACAUCUAUAGUUGAUCGAGAGGUCACCCCCUCUUUUCUUAUUGUUUGCAGGGCUCUGAAUUCAAUGGGACAAGAUUUAGAGAGGCCUCUUGAACUCAGAGUCAGGGUUUUGGAUAUAAAUGACAAUCCCCCAGUAUUUUUGAUGUCUACAUUUAUAGGACAAAUAGAAGAAAAUUCUAAUGCAAAUACGUUGGUGAUGAAGCUCAAUGCUACCGAUGCAGAUGAACCAAAUAACUUGAACUCAAAAAUCGCCUUCAAGAUCAUAAGACAGGAACCUUCCGAUUCACCAAUGUUUAUUAUCAACAGAAAUACUGGGGAAAUUCGAACAAUGAACAAUUUUCUAGACAGAGAGCAAUAUGGCCAGUAUUCUCUUGCUGUAAGAGGCUCAGACAGAGACGGUGGGGCAGAUGGCAUGUCAGCGGAGUGUGAAUGCAACAUUAAAAUCCUCGAUGUCAAUGAUAACAUCCCAUACAUGGAACAGUCCUCGUAUUCUGUAAAUAUCGAAGAAAAUGCUCUACAUUCAGAUUUGCUCCAGAUAAGAGUAAUUGAUUUGGAUGAAGAGUUCACAGCCAACUGGAUAGCAGUGAUUUUCUUUAUCUCUGGAAAUGAAGGAAAUUGGUUUGAAAUAGAAAUGAAUGAAAGAACAAAUGUGGGAAUUUUAAAGGUUGUUAAGCCCUUAGAUUAUGAAGCUAUGCAAAAUCUGCAACUCAGUAUUGGCGUUAGAAAUAAAGCUGAAUUUCAUCAUUCAAUUAUGUCUCAAUAUAAACUCACAGCAACUGCAAUCUCUGUGGCUGUAUCCAACGUAAUUGAAGGCUCAGUGUUCCGUCCAGGUUCAAAGACAUUUGUAGUAACUAGUAACAUGGGACAAGGUUAUAAGCUGGGAGGCUUUCCAGCUAUUGACCUGGACACAGGUUUAGCUUCAGCAACUGUUCGCUAUGUAAUGGGAAAUAAUCCAGCCGGCUUGCUAGAUGUUGACUCAAAAUCAGGCAUGAUUAUUUUGAGAAAUAGAGUUACCUGGGAACAAUAUAAAAUGCUUAAUGGAAAAUAUCAAGGAACAAUUCUAUCUAUAGAUGAUAAUCUUCAAAGAACUUGCACUGGUACAGUCAUCAUUGAUCUUGAUGGUUCUGGUUGGGAAGAAGUUGUAACUAAUACAGAUGGCACAAAUACUGGUAGUACCAAUACCAAUACCAAUACCAAUACCAAUACUGGUGUCAACACUGGAGGUGGUACCAGUACAGGCACAGGUGGUGGUCCUAGCACUGUUGUAGACGUUUUACCCACCACAGACAGAACAGGCGUAAGCAACACAUAUAAAGAACCUGACAUAUAUCCGGCAAGGGAAGGUCUCACAGAUAAUGUACAUUUUGGCCCUGCUGGAAUUGGAUUGCUCAUCAUGGGAUUCCUGGUCCUAGGAUUGGUCCCGUUUUUGUUGAUCUGCUGUGAUUGUGGAGGUGGAGCUGGUGGUGGAGCCGGCUUUGAGCCUGUUCCUGAAUGUUCGGAUGGAGCAAUUCACUCAUGGGCAGUAGAAGGACCACAGCCUGAACCCAGGGAUAUAGCUACUAUCUGUGUACCACAAAUGCAACCUGAUAAUGCAAAUAUAAUUGAAUACACUGACACCCCAGGAGUUUAUACAAAUGACUAUUGCGGCCGGGAAAUGCAGGACCUGGGAGGAGGAGAAAGAACAACAGGAUUUGAAAUAGCAGAUGGAGUUAAAACAGGACAGGAGAUAUGUCAAGACUAUUCUGGAACGUUAAGAAGAAAUUCUAUGAGAGAAUGUAGAGAAGGAGGUCUGAAUAUGAAUUUCAUGGAAAGCUACUUCUGUCAGAAAGCAUAUGCUUAUGCCGAUGAAGAGGAAGGACGCCCAUCCAAUGACUGUUUGCUCAUUUAUGAUAUUGAAGGUGUAGGUUCCCCCGCUGGCUCCGUGGGUUGUUGUAGCUUCAUUGGAGAAGACUUGGAUGACAGUUUCUUGGAUACCCUGGGGCCUAAAUUUAAGAAGUUGGCAGAUAUCAGCAUGGGAAAGGAAGUCGAACCCUAUCCAGACCCUGAUCCUACUUGUCCUGCUUGGCCACCUCAGAGCACUGAACCAGUUUGCCCUCCACAAGGAACAGAGCCCAUUAGUGGGCACCCACCAAUCUCCCCCCAUUUUGGCAAGACCACGGUCAUUUCUGAGAGCACUUAUCCCUCCGGACCCGGUGUUCAGCAUCCUAUGCCUAUUCCUGAUCCUCUGGGCUAUGGCAAUGUCACUCUGACCGAGUCUUACGCCACCUCUGGCACCCUGAAGCCUUCUGUCCACAUUCAUGAUAACCGACAUGCAUCAAACGUGGUGGUGACAGAGAGGGUGGUAGGCCCCAUCUCUGGCACUGAUUUGCAUGGAAUGUUAGAGAUGCCUGACUUGAGAGAUGGGUCCAAUGUUAUAGUGACAGAAAGGGUAAUAGCUCCAAGCUCAAGUCUACCCACCUCUCUGACUAUCCCUAAUCCUAGAGAGUCUUCAAACGUGGUAGUGACAGAAAGAAUAAUCCAACCCACUUCUGGCAGGUUGGGCAUGCACCCCGAGUUAUCAAAUGCCCACAACGUGAUUGUGACAGAGAGGGUCGUUUCUGGCACUGGCGUAACUGGAAUUAGUGGCACAGCUGGAAUAAGUGGAGGUACAGGCCUGGGUGGCACCAGCAGGGGUACUAGUGGUGGGGGCAUAAGUGGAGCUGGAGUGAGUGGUGGAGGCAUCGGGCUGAGCACCCUGAGUGGAGGCGGGGGCCUGAGUAGCAGCAUGGGGGGCACAGCCACCAUUGGCCACGUGAGUUCCUCCGACCACCACUUUAACCAGACCCUUGGAUCUGCCUCCCCUAGGACAGCCCGGAGUCGAAUCACCAAGUACAGUACAGUACAGUAUACCAAGUAGUCAGGAUCCCAGCACACUUUUCCACAGUUAUUGUGACAGAUUCAAUCCCCACCACCCAAAUCUAGCCAUGUGAUUUAUGACACAGAACCAGGUGCUAAAACAAUCUUGGAGCAAGGAGAGAAACCACAAUGAGAAAAACAAGUGGAAACAUUGCUGCUGGGAGAAAAGCACUCCUUAACAUUUAUAAACUUUUUUUCUUACAUUAGUGGUAAUGAAAUCAUGACAGUGAACUUGAACUUGAGGUUGCUCUUCUUUGGGCCUGUACGGCUUAGAGUAUAGCUGUUCCCAGCAUGUGGAACAAAUAAGCUUGGUCAUUUGAAAGCACUGGCCUUAAGAUGGCAAUUGGCAUAACCCUCUUGUUGUGUUUUGAUUUGCACUUAGCUCAUCCAAAGGAACUAAACAUGCAAAUGUGCUCAUAAAGGUGGGGGAUAUCUGAACUCCGUGCCAAACGCCCGUCAGUUUCACAGAUCGCACCAAUGAAAGUCCAACCGCAGAUACAGACCAGGGUUAGCCAUUAAAAAAGAAUUCUGAGUACAUAGUCAAGAACACAAGCCACCAUGCAUUCCUACCUAAAAAUUGCACUAGAUGGAUUUAAUUUUAAAUUAGGAGCUAUUUCCUAGGAGGGACAUUCCAUUAGAGAGUAGCAACAGGGGAAGAUUUGUUCAGGGCAAACCGGCAACACCUGAGUCUGAAUCUUAACGUGGGCUUCAAUGAAAUCCGCAGAGACAAGGACUUUUCUAAUUCUAGUUUGUGUGUAUAGUGGUAGAUUUAAUAUUGCUUACUGCUGAGGUUGUGGGAUUUCACACUCAUUUUUCCUUUAACUGUUGUGGUUCUGACUUAAUAAAGGAAACUUUGUCAAGUUGACUUCUCCGAUGGAAACAAGUGACACUGGCACGAUUGUCAUCACUAGUGGUGAAUCACCUUCUGAGUAAGCACGUGCACACUGCAUUGUGUUUUCAGACUGUGUUUUAGUGUAUGUUAUUCGUUCAUAUCCAGCUCUUUAUUACAUUGUCCUAAGUAAAGUGAUUUACUUAUGCCGAGCUGUUAAAAAUAACUUGUUAAAAAAAAAUAAAAAAAUAAAGGAGAAAAGUGCAGUAUGGUUAAGCUUUGGG